GUGCCCUCAAUCUUCUGAGUCACAGGAAUUCAUGCUGGACCCAACACUGCAAGCAAGACAGCAGUCGCCAUACAUGUGUCAAGGAUCAGGCGCCACUGUGCAGCAACAGGCACGGCCAAUGCAAACGACCGAAGAAAUGGUUCGACACGAAGUGAUGACAAGCUUGGCCGUAGCGAAGACCCAUGUAUAAAUAGAACGCUUGUGCUCGAGAUGGAAGAUCAAGCCCGACUUUCCUGCUCCAUUCAUCUCACAAGCUCAAGUUCUACCCUUAUCCAGCCAGCCUUUUCUUUCCUACUCCUUACUUGCCUUCGGCGUUUCCCAAAACUUUGCAAUAGGGCACGUCACAGCCUAAGAUUGUUCAUUCAAGAUGGGUGACAGCCUAGCUUCGCAGAUGGCCGCCUUCACGUCCAUCCCUCUGUUGGGUGGAUACAUCUCCAGCCGCGAUCUCGCACCAUCCAUCGUUUUCAUCGUGGUUUAUGCCGUCGUGGCAGUCGGCAUAGGCAUUAGAAUCUUCCGUAAACAAAUCCCGAUCCCUCUGGCUCUGCGGCCAUCAAUCCUGAUCUUUGUUCGACUUGCCUGCUUUAUCAUCCGGCUGGUCAUCCUCAAUACUAAUGAUGACUCCAAUUCGCUGCUCGGCCUGUACGCUGCAGAGGCCGUUCUGUUCAGCGUGGGCCCGAUCUUUCUGAGUACGGCGCUACUCGCCAUUGUCAAGUCGCACCUCAAAACGAUCAAUUUGCCCGAUUCGAACCCAAAGGGUGCGGUGGCUCGUGCGAUGAAUAUCACCAACGUUCUGCUCAUCGCCUGCAUCAUCCUCACCACCUCGGGCGGUGCCAUGCAAGCGAGUACCGACAUAGACGACAUUGACACCAGCAAGACCCUGCGCAGAGCUGCCACCUUCCUCUUGCUGUUCAUCAACCUCAUCAUUGCACUCCUCAUCGGCUGGAUGUGGGUGCACAGGGCUUUGUCGCCAGCUUACGGGAACCCAAAAUCGGCAAGCCAGGUCGGUCCCGCGCGCGAGAUUGUUCGCGCCCUGAUUGGCGUCAAAGUCGACUGCGAGUCCGUGCGCUCCAGAUUGGUAAUCGAUUCGUUCUACUGUGCUUUCCUCCUUUGCGCUGUCAUCUAUAAAGCCGUGCAGAUCGAGUCCACUUCGAUCGAUGAUACCGUUAACCUCAAGACGAUCUUUUGGGUCGUCUAUAUCGUUCCAGAAGCAAUCUGCAUGACAUUCUUCGCACGUUACAAUUGGGGCAGGCUGCUUGCACCACUUUUGGAGGAGGACGGCAGCGAGACGGGGCCCUCCAAGCAAGACAGAUACGCAUGAUGGAAAUUAUCGACACAACACAUGAUCGAUUCGCAAGGGCUUAUGCCUCCCAUGUAGCGUAGUCGGGCU